AUGGGAUAUGAGGGUGAUAAAUUCACAUGGAGCAAUAGACAAUUCGAAAGAAACUUUAUUAGAGAAAGACUGGACAGAAUCUUAGCUACAAAUAGCUGGCGAAUUGAAUUUUCAGCAACUGUUGCGAAGCAUCUAGAGGACACAGGUUCUGAUCAUAGACCGUUACUUCUCAGUUCGGGGAUGGAGGAAAGGAGAGAGAAGCGUCGUUUCAGGUUUCAGGAAUCCUGGUGUGAGAAUGAAGAGGUUAUUAAUCUUAUCAAAAGGUCUUGGAAGGUUGACAUUCAAGGCUCACUAAUGUACAAGCUGGUUGGGAAAUUAAAACAUUGCAGGCAUAAGAUUGUUGAAUGGCAAAGAACCUCUUCGUCUAACUCACAAACCAAUAUUCAUCACCUUAAGGAUCAGCUUGUUUAA